UCACUCAACAGAGAGAGAGAGAGAGAGAGAGAGAUCAGAAUAGAGAUCAUAUAGGGUUUUCAGCUAAAGAAAAAGAUCAGAAAAGGAUGGCAAAGGCUCCUUGUUGUGAAAAUAUGGGGCUAAAGAAGGGACCAUGGACUCCUGAAGAAGAUCGGAUACUGAUUUCUUACGUCCAACUAUACGGACAUGGAAAUUGGCGGGCUCUUCCAAAACAAGCAGGUUUACUAAGGUGUGGAAAGAGUUGCAGGCUUCGGUGGAAGAAUUACUUGCGGCCAGACAUAAAACGAGGAAACUUCAGCAAGCAAGAAGAAGAGACCAUCAUCAAGCUUCACCAACUUCUGGGAAACAGGUGGUCCGCCAUUGCAGCAAGACUACCCGGACGAACGGACAACGAGAUAAAGAACUUCUGGAACAGCCAGUUGAAGAAGAGACUUAAGCAAAACCCAGCCACACGGCCAGCCUCCAUUAAACAGAAUAAUGUUGGAACGCCUGUUUGUACACUAAAUACGAGCACUUCUAAUCAUGCUUCUUCCACUUUUCCCCCCCAACAGUCUCAGAAGGUUUUGGGUUUACAAACCGAUUCGACAAAUGAUCCCACAAAGGAGACCAUGAUCAAUAGCAGUCCUUUUAUGAGUGAUGAAAUGGAUUUUUGGUACAAACUCUUCGCCAAGUCGGGGACUCAUUAAACCUUUGUAAACUUAGGAAAUCAUGUUCGAUUUUAUAGUUCGAUUGCAUUGUUCGUACGUUUUUAAUUGUGUUGCGUUUGGUAAUUGGCUGGAUUUUGGGAGGAGGAUUUGUAUUUGUCUUUAAAAGCUAUAUCCUUUAAUUGGA